AUGGAUUAUGAUGAAAAUUCACCAAUAAGAUUAGAACAUGCACCACAAUUAUCAAAAUCAGCAAUAAUUAGAUGUGUUGUAUUAUCAGCUAUGGCAAUUGUAUCAUUAUUAGGUAAUACAGCAACAAUGUGGAAUAUAUAUAAAACACGUAUGACAAAACGACCAUCAAGACAUAAUUGGAGUGCUAUUUAUUCAUUAAUAUUUCAUUUAUCAAUUGCUGAUGUUCUUGUUACCGGUUUUUGUAUAAUUGGUGAAGCAGCAUGGUGUUAUACAGUACAAUGGAUGGCAAAUGAAUUUGCAUGUAAAAGUGUUAAAUUUUUUCAAAUGUUUAGUUUAUAUUUGUCAACAUAUGUAUUAGUAUUAAUUGGUGUCGAUAGAUGGAUUGCUGUUAAAUAUCCAAUGAAAUCAUUAAAUAUGGCAAAACGUUGUUAUAGAUUAUUAGGUGGAGCUUAUAUAUUAUCAUUUGUAUUAAGUAUACCGCAGUUUUUCAUAUUUCGUGUUGCUCGUGGUCCAUUUAUAGAAGAUUUUUAUCAAUGUGUUACCCAUGGAUUUUAUACGGCUGAAUGGCAAGAGCAACUUUAUACAACAUUUACAUUAUUUUUUACAUUUAUAAUACCGUUAUGUAUAUUAAUAGUUACAUAUUUAUCAACGUUUCGUACAAUAUCAGGAAGCGAAAAAAUGUUUCAAGGGUCAAAAUUAGCUGUGUACACAAGUAAACCAGCAGCACAAACAAAUAGACAACGAUUAAUUCAUAAAGCGAAAAUGAAAUCUUUAAGGAUUUCGGUUGUGAUAAUUGUAGCAUUUUUAAUAUGCUGGACUCCUUAUAAUGUGAUGAUGAUAAUUUUUAUGUUUCUAAAUCCUGACAAAAGGUUGGGUGAAGAUUUACAAUCUGGUAUAUUCUUUUUUGGUAUGUCAAAUAGUCUUGUGAAUCCUUUAAUAUACGGAGCAUUUCAUUUGUGUCCUUUAAAGAGAAAGAACAGUCAAUAUGCUCAUUAUAGUUUAACUAGAGACAACUCUCAUAGCUAUCAAAGAUCACCAUCUCUAUUGACAGCAACAACUCAAAUCGAUUCAAGCGGAAGACAACAAACAUUCAAACAUCAGAGAUCAAGUUAUUAUCAACGUAAUGGUAGUAUGAUGCGUCGUUGUGAUCAUUUUGAUUUAACAAAUUCGCCAACAAUUAAAAAUAAAUUUCAAUCAACGGCAACAUCAUCAGCCGUUGCUUCUACUACAAAUUGCAGUAAUGAUAUUAAUGUACAUUUAAAUAAUGAUCAUAGUAAUUCACAAAAAGAAUAUUUAUUACGUCAGACUUCAUUUAGUAGUAGUCAUAUUAAGACAAUAAAUAACAAUAAUAAUAAU